AUAACAUCUUUGGUCAAAUGAAUUGAGAUAGUAAAUUAAAAUUAGAGAGAAAAGAGGAGAAUGGAGAGAAAAAAUUAUCAAAAGAAUUCUGGAAUUUUUAAUUCUAUGUUUUCUAAUCAAUCACCUUUGGUGUUAGGAAGAGAAUCUGUACGAUAUGAAGUCAAUGACAAGGUUGUCAAGAAGACAUUAAACUCCUUAAUUAAAACUCAAGAUGACAUCUCAAACAAAAACCAUGGAAAUGAAGCACAGAAUACACAAAAUAACAACAUGAGUUCCACCAACCAUGAUCAAAGAAUCCAUCAAUGUAACUUCACUUCAUCCAUAUAUUAUGGUGGCCAGGACAUAAUUCCUAAUACUCAGACAACACAAAAUGCAGGAGUAACUUCGUUUAAUAAUUGGGAAAAGGAUGAUUCAGGAGCUGCUUCAAGAGGAGAUUGGUGGAAAGGGGGACUUUAUUAUUGAAUCAUCAUUGCCAACAAUAUAAUAUAUGCUUUACAAGGUUCAGCAGGAUAAUAUGGCAGUAUAGUCAUUCAAGUUAUAUGGAAGAACUAAAUGUUAUAAAUAUAUAGUUUAUUUUCCUAUUUCAGAGCACAU